UCUCAGCUGUGGUUAGAAUGGUGAAGGGAGAAAUGACUGGUUGUAAUUUUCAAGGUGGGUUCAGCUCACUGAUUUAUGAAGGAGACUCGCAGGACACGGACCAACCUCCUUACCCCAACCCUACCCAAGACACGCAAAAAGUGCCCACAUACAGUCGGACACUGUGGAGCCAUUCUCGACUGGCAACAGUGAGUCUGGCGCUACUCGCUGCUGUUCUGCUAGUAGUUGAUAUCAGCCUGGGGGUCCAUUUUGCAGGCCACAAACUCACAGAAACAAACCACACGCUUAAUGAUACAGAAUUCAUCAACAACGAGUUGAGCAAACUUCAGGAUGCUUGCAAGACUGCAACUGAAAACACAAAUAGUGCCAAGAAGCAGCUGGAGAGAGUGAUGAGUCGUCAGAAACCAGCAGACUGGGAGCUUGAGCACCAGAAAAGAAGAAGCAAAGUCUAUGAAGUGCAGCUUGAUAAACUGACUAAGGAACUUGCUUGGCUGAGAUACACCUCACCAAUGAUAAUAAGUGGUUGCAGAAGCUGUCCAAUUGGAUGGAUUUUGAUGAACUCAGUGUGUUACUACUUCCACUUCUCUAACUCAGACGGAAAAUCCUGGCAAGACGCCAGAGAUUACUGCAAAUUGUUUGGAGGCGACCUUGCAAUCAUAGACAGCAAAGAUAAAGAGAAUGCAACUAUAAACCACUUGAUGAACAACAAAUACCGGUACUCCAGCUAUGGUGCUGCUGGAUUCUGGAUUGGGGUGAGAAAUUUCCCCAAAGAAGAGACUUGGAAAUGGGUGGAUGGAAGAGCACUGGUUCAAGGCUACUGGAAUGAUGACGAACCAAAUAAUAACAGCAACAAGGAGUGUGGAGUUGUGCUUGCCAAAGAGAACUUCUUCAAGGCUUGGAAUGAUGUUAAUUGUGAUUAUCCUCAGAGAUGGAUUUGUGAAAAAGCACCAAGAUCUAUGAGUUAACACGUUAUGUUUGGUAAAUUUGCUUGCAAGCUAAAAUGUUUGCAUACAUAAUAUAAUUAACCAUAGACUUUGUGACUACUGUAAUAACCUUUCAUCGUUUUGAUAACUUUCUGUAGAAGAUGUAUUUUUGAUCCAGCCAAAGGCUUUUGUAUUUGUUUUCUGUAACACUUAUCAUACAAUCUGUUGGUAGCACUUUCUAAAGGGAUACCUAAUAAAGUAUAUGUCA